AUGGAUUAUUACUCUGCUAGUGGUGCCAGCACAUCUGAGCAAGGUGGGUUACCGGGCAGAGCAGCAUCUUUCAAACCAACGCCUAACUCUUUCGCCAACUCAACAGACAGAACGAAGUCACAGCAGAAAGAGCACGAACAACAACAACAAAGGACGCAGUUCCUCUUCCACCAGCAGCAGCAACGUUUGCAACAACCGAUUGGGCCCAGAGCAGACAGCUCGCAAUCGGCUUUCGUGUCACUUUCGGCGUUGAACUCAGCCCAUGGGGCACCUCCAUCGGUGGUGGACCGACACUCUUCGACCUCGACGCAAAGCCCUUCGGGAUGGCCCGACUCCCCCGUCAGCAAUGUCACAGACUCGCUGUCUUCGCCAACGAGCUCCGUCAUCUCGCCUCCAGCACCGCCGAUUGACCCCCUUCUCCUCGGUUCAGCAAAAGGGACAGAGGGCCCUCGAACGGAAGACGCCAGCGAGGCACCAAAACGUCGUAGAGGCCGGCCCAGGCUCUCCGAUGCCUCUCCCGAGACCGCCAGCGCGGUGGCACCGACACCUACGAAGGUACAGAAGAAGAGCGCCUCUCGACGUACCUCGACCGCGUCGGCCAGUGGCGUUGACGAACACGCAGACGGGCACAGCGGCAGCACCGUCAACGACAAGAAGAACCGCAUCCGCGCGCGCAACCGCGAGGCCGCGUAUAAGUGCCGGCAGAAGAAGCAGAAAGGCAUCGAGGAGCUGCAGACUCAAGAAGCAGUAAUGGAGAACAUCAACAAGAGCCUCAACAGCGAAGCGGCACAGCUCCGUGGCGAGAUCCUGAUGUUGAAGAACAUGGUGCUUCAGCACGGCGGCUGCGGGUGCCCGUACAUCGAGGAAUACAUUUCCGGAGCCGCACAGAACCUGGUGCAGUCGAGCAUGGCGGCGUCCGCCUCAGCGGCCGGCGGCGGCAUGCAGAUGCACAGCCAGGACUGUAGAAACGGAACAGGAGAGGAAGGAUACAUUGACUGGAAACUGUUCGACAUGGAUACCAAGGCUGACAUGCCUUCCCUGGAGUCGGAAAGCGGCUUUUCUGGCUACGACGACCUCGCCUCUCACAGCGCGAGGGCGCAUUCCCAAGAGGUCUCAAUGGAUUGA